CGCUGGGCUUCGGGGGCUGCCUGAGGUGCUGCCUGAGGGUCGGGGCCGAGCCGGCGUCUCCUCGCAGUGGGGCCGAUUGCUGCGGAGCCGCGAUGGCCGAGCCGGCCUCGAUAACCAUGACGUUUGAUGAUGUGGCUUUAUAUUUUUCGGAGCAAGAGUGGGAGAUCCUGCAGAAAUGGCAGAAGGAAAUGUAUCAGCAAGUGAUGAAGGCCAAUUAUGAGACCCUUGACUCUUUAGGCUGUGUUUGGUCCAAGCCGGUUUUGAUCACCUCUAUAGAACAAGGGAGAACGCUAUUAAUCAGAGAUCAGGGAAGCUUAGACAAAACAAGAAAGACAACUAGCUCUUGCACUGAUGACCUGUUGGACUUGAAGAAUACUGGAAAGCUGCCAUGUCUUGAUAACCAAGGAACUCUCAGGACAAGAGAGGAGGGAUGCCAUUUAAAUGGUCUUCAAAAACAGGACUUGUGUGCUACCUUGCCCGGAAACGAAAGAAAGAAUUUAUGUGAUCAAAGAGCUACCUUACAAUCUCCAAGUCUCCAAGAAACAGAGACUCUAAAUCAAAAAGUCCACAGCACAGCAUCUAAUCCAGACAAGAAAGAUCCAUGUCAUAAGCCUCCAGAUAUUCCAGGUCACUUGGAAAGUCUGCCUGAACCAAGAUUUUAUUCCUGCUGUAUCUGUAGGAAAGUCUUCCAGGUAAAGAAUGACCUGGUAAAGCACCAGAGGAGCCACUCCAGGAAGCAGCCCUGUAAGUAUCCAAAGCGCAAGAAUAAAUCCAGAGGGAAUUCUGAAGUCGCUUGGCCCCCAGUGUUCCUGUGCAGAAAGAAGCGAUUCCAGUGCAGUGCCUGUGAGAAGAGCUACUAUUUGAAGUGCAGUCUGAUCACUCACCAGGUUGUCCACACAGGGCAGCGGCCCUUCCCGUGCCCAGAGUGUGGCAAGACCUUCCGCUACAAAGCUGACUUGACGAAACACCUGUGUUUGCACAAAGGGGAAAGGCCAUUUUGCUGUGAGGAGUGUGGCAAGGGUUUCGUGCAGCAGUGCAAGCUCACCGAGCACCUGCGGCUGCACAGCGGGGAGAAGCCCUUCCAGUGCGCAGAGUGUGGCAGAAGCUUCCGCCUGAAGAGGAGCUUGAAGGCCCACCUCUGCCAGCACAGUGGGAAGAAGCCUUUCCACUGUGCAGAGUGCGGCCGGAGCUUUUCUCGCAAGGCAGCCCUGAAGACCCACCAGAGGACACACAGUGGAGAGAAGCCCUUUUCUUGUGACCAGUGUGGGAGGAAAUUCAUCUACAAAACUAAACUCGCUGAGCACAUCAGAGUCCACACAGGAGAGAAGCCCUUUCCGUGUCCUGAGUGUAACAAAAGCUUCCGCCAGAAGAGGAGCCUGAAAGCCCACCGGUUCCAGCACGACGGGCGGAAGCCGUUCCAGUGUCCGGAGUGUGGCCGCAGCUUCUUCUGGAGGAAUGCCAUGAGGGCCCACCAGCGUCUGCACAGCGAGGAGAAGCCGUUCUCCUGCGGGGAGUGUGGCAAGAAGUUCACCCGGCCCUCCAAGCUCACGCGCCACGCCAGGGUCCACAGCAGGCAAAAGGAGUUCCCCUGUGGCGAGUGCAGCAAGACCUUCCCUCGGCAGUCCAGGCUCACACAGCACCUCAAGAGCCACGCCACAGAGAAGCCGUUCUCCUGUGCCGAGUGCAGCCGGCGCUUCCGUCGGUGCGCGCAUCUCACCGAGCACAUGCGGCUUCACGGUGGGGAGGAGCCGUUCCAGUGUCCCGAGUGUGACAAGAGCUUCUUCUGGAAAGCCUCCAUGAGGGCGCACCAGCGGAUGCACAGGGAGGAGAAGCCCUUCGCGUGCAGCGAGUGCAGCAAGACCUACACUCAGCAUUCUCAGCUCACGGAGCACCUGCGAGUCCACAGCGGGGAGAAGCCCUACCAGUGUCCCAACUGUGACAAAAGGUUCCGUCUCAAAGGAAAUCUGAAAAGCCAUCUGCUCCAGCACAGUGGCAAAAAGCCAUUCUCUUGUGUAAAGUGUGACAAAAGUUUCACCCAGCAAUACAGGCUCACGGAGCACGUGCGAGUCCAUAGUGGGGAGAAGCCUUUCCACUGCCUGGAGUGUGGCAAGAGCUACUGCACCCGGGGCAGUUUGAAGGCCCACUUACACACACACAGUGGAGAGAAGCCCUUUCAGUGUCCAGAAUGUGGCAAAGGCUUCCUUCAGAAGAGGAGUUUAGAGACCCACCUGCACCAUCACAGCAGGGAGAGGCCCUUUUCUUGUGAUGAGUGCGGAAGAAGCUUCACAUACAUGGGGGCCCUUACCACGCACAUGACAGUCCAUGCCAGGGCAAAGGCCCCCAGUCAAGCUACAUAGCAGUUACAUAGUGACCGCCUUUAGGUGGAGCCGGCCAGCUCUGUGUGCUGUGCCUGAAGCAGAAUAAAGAAUUCACAGACUGCUGCCUACAGACAUCCUGGCCAGACGCAAUCAGGAGGACCUGGUGGCUCCUUGACAGAAGUUACAGAUAAUCUAGGCAAAGAUGGUGGAAGAAAUACUGCCCAUCAUGGAAGAAACAUUGUAUACCCAUAUGCUAGUAUAAAAGAUUUUUCAGUGCUGUGGAAGAGUGUGAUACUCUUGUUACUAAAUUGGGAACUGUGGCCUGAAUAAAGAAGUGUUACAGACUGGAACUUUUCCCCACAUCCACCUCAGCCAGCUUUUUCUUAAGUUUGUGUUGGACUCUUCAGUUUGCUCUCAGAGUAGAUUUUCAUUACCUCUCAAAUGGUGAGAUAGCAUCUGUUUCUUGGGGGAAUUCCCCUGUGUUGCUGAAAAUAAAUUUUGUUCAUCAACCCAUUUGUUAAAAUGAUUACCUAUGUGUUAUUUCCUUGUAGAGUCAUUGUAGUCACCUAAAAUGUCACCACCGUGAGUCACAAUGCUAUUUAUCUGGUCCCUCUACAUUUUUCAACAGUGUUUAUCGUUCUCAAAUACACUUCCUGUAACUUUUGGGUCUCUGGGGGUAAAUACCAAAGGAAAGAAUGUUAUUGUCCAUGGCAUCACCUCAUUUUUUGCUCUAUAGUCUAAUUUGUCACUAUGAGAAGGCAAUUUUUCAGACUGUUCUAACAAAUAUUCAUCUGUCUCUGGGACUGUCAAUCUUUAAUAUAACUCCUAAGAAAACACACAGCUUCCCUUAAGAAAUCUUUAGGGAAUCUUUAGAGGAAAAGGGUGCCACCUGUGGUUGGUAUGGUCCUAUGGAUGUGAAUUUCUUGGUGAGUUGAUGAUGCCUUUGCAUAAAGAAAAAGGUCCAUUGACCUGUGGAAAGGCACAUAUAGGCCUGAUUACAGUGUUUUUGGCAUUCUUCACCAGUGCACUUCUGGGAGCUUUUGCCUGGGGUGCAUGUUAAAAAUGCAGAUUCAUGGGAAUCUCUACAGAUGAACAAGAAUUUUCCAAGGUAGCAUUAUAUAAACUAAGCUUUUAGAACAUUGGGUUGGGGGCCAGCAGUGUGGCAUAGUAGUCUAAGCCUCUGCCUGCUGUGCUGGCAUCCCAUAUGGGUACCAGUUUGUGUUCUGGCUGCUCCAGUUCUAAUCCAGCUCUCUGCUAAGCCCUAGGAAAGCAGUGGAAGUGGCCUAAGUGCUUGGGCCUCUGUGCCCACGUGGGAGACCUGGAUGAAGCUCCUGGCUUCUGGCUUCAAAUCAGCCCAGCUCUGGCUGUUGUGGCCAUUUGGGAAGUUCCAUCCAGCAGAUGGAAUACCUUUCUCUCUGUAAUUCUACCUCUCAAAAACUAAAUAAAAAAUCUUAAAAAAGAAAAAGAACAUUGGGUGGAGGGGCAGAGAAAGGAAAAAUUAUUUAAUGUUUAUUUCAUCUAUGUGAAAGGGCAUCAGAGAAAGAGAUCUCCCAUCUGCUGGUUCACCCCCUAAAUGCCUUCAAGAGCAGGGACUGGGCCAUGCUAAAGCCAGAAGCCUGAAACUCCUGGAUCUCUCCUGUGGGUGGCAGGGACCCAAGUGCUUGGCCAUCUGCUGCCUUCCAGGAUGUGUGGGCAGAAAGCUGGGUCAGACAAGGAGUAGCCGGAAUUCAAACUGGCACUGCAGUGUGGGAUGCCGGCAUCCCCAGUGGCAGCUUAACCUGCUGCACCACUAUAUCUACCCUCAGAAAAACUAUUUUUGGAGGCAUUCUAGCCAUUCUACUGUGCGAUUUGGAUUAGGACUCUCCCUUUAGCCUUCUCUCUUGUAUUAAAGCUUUUUGUUACAAAAGUUGCUUACAUUUAGGGGGGUGUGUUAGUCUGCUCAGGUUGCCAUAACAAAAUACCAUUAGACUAGGUGGCUUAAACCACAAAAGCUUGUUUUCUUAUUCUUGGAGGAUGGAAGUCCAAUGUUAGGGUGCCAGCAGCAUUGGUGUCUGGGGAGGCUACUUCCUGGUUUAUAGACUGCUGUGUGACUGUGUCUUCCCAUA